AUGCGUCGAGAAAAUGUCAACAACAUGCCGCAGACUUCCAGAGAAACAGAAAGUGAGGAGGAAAUGAGGGACAGACAACAAAGAAAGGGAGAAACCCCGGCGCCUCAUAACAUCGUGACUUUAAUAUCUCAGUUCGCAGAUGAUAAUUUAACGCUCGUGCGGAAUAUAAGCACUGGACUGGCCAUUGCUGGUGUAAUUGUCAUAGCAAGGAGUAUCAAACUGAUCACAAAAUUUCAAGCUGCGUGUGACAUCCCUGCACGCUUUAUUGAGAGGAACGUCAGCCUUCGUGGGAAAGUCCAUUCCAUCACAGAGAAAGGAUUUAAAGUGGAGCAUGUCCCAAUUUAUCUGCCUGUUAUCUCUCCAUUACUUUCAAAGUAUAAGGAUGUGUCUACAUCCCUGCUGCUGGUCCAUCUUGCAGGAGUGGAGCUAACACCAGAGGGGAAAUUAUGGCUGGAGAAGAAUGUGGCCCCUUCCCAAAUGGUGUGGAUGAAGCUUAUCAGCCGAGAGGACGACAUAUUGCAUUGUUUGGUGUCUCAAAGCAGGAAGGGGUCAUUGAGGAGCUACUGUAUGAACGAAGAGGUACUCAGGCUCGGACUGGCUCGCACUGCCCCCGUAGCUGGUGUCCUUCCUGACUCGCGCCUCUACUGGCGUCUCCACAGACGACUGCACAGGGCAGAGGUUAAAGCUGAGAGGAAGGGUCGGGGUAUGUGGAAGGAGGACACCCUGUGGGAGAGAACUUCCAAAGCUAUCAGGGACAACACUGUAUUCAGACUCAUGAAGAGGAUCUUUAAAAGAACCUGAUGCACCAAGUGAGCGAUGAUUUCCAAGUCAGAAUUCCAAAACCUUUGUUGGAAGUGUGGAAGUGGAAGCCAAAAAUGUGAUAUUUUACAUUCCCUUUAUUGUGCACUUAGGAUCUUUUAGUCUUUGAUCUGCUUUAUUUUCUCUGAUACUUAAAAAAUAUUCCCAAGAAGUACAUUUAUGCAUCAAAUCCUUAGUGCACCUGUUGCAAAUGAUUGAAACAUGUUUUACUGUUUUUCUCAGUCAUAAAACACUUAAAAUGAUUAAAAAGGUUGUUGAAAGCUCUUCUUCCCUGAGCUUUCAUUACCAAUUAAACUAGAGCUAGACACAGCCUCGUCUGUUGGCGUGUGUGUGUGUGUGCGGGGGGAAACCCCACUAAACUCAAGACGGGGGUGGGGUAUUUAAUGGUGUUCAAAAUAAAGGGGGGUCCACUUGUCCACAGUUGCUAUAGAAACACUAAAUGUGAAAUACAAAGCGACUCCAAGGCUAAACUCUAUAUUGGUGGCCCCCAAACCCCAUGGGAGCCUUAUAUAUUGAGUGUGUGUGUGUGAGGGGGCUUUUAAGUACCUAUAAAGAGGGCCCUUUUAGUUGUAAUGUGACCAGUAUAUUUAAGCACUAAGCACAGUGGAAAAUGGGAGAUCAAAUCUAUUCUCUUUCAGAACGCUACAUGCUGUUAUUGUAGGCAUGAUUGAAAAAUCUCAUGAGUGAUAUUUAUCUGCAAACGUUAUUCUAAUCAGCAUACAUCGACACCUGCACCAAAGCUAAUUUCCUGUUGAGGAUCCUGCUCCUGUUAUUGCUUUUUCUUUGCCAACAUUACACCUUGUGCCUGUGGCUGUUACACAUGCUUCAUCCGAGCAAGGCAGAUGAGGAGGAGGAGGAGGUCCUGC